AUGGAGGUGACGCAGGACAACUUCGACGCCGAGGUUCUGCAGGCGGACAAGCCGGUUCUAGCGAAGUUCUGGGCGAACUGGUGCGGCCCGUGCAAGCUCAUCGACCCCCUCGUGAAGCAGAUCGAGGAGUCGUACAGCGGCAACCUCAAGGUGGUGAGCGUCGAGGUGGACUCGAACCCGGAGCUCACGGAGAAGUACGACGUGUACGGCCUGCCGACCCUGAUGCUGUUCCGGGGGGGGGAGUUCGUCGAGGGUACAAAACACGAGGGGGCCAUUUCCAAGGACAAGAUCUCGGCGUACCUCGAGUCGCACGGCAUCCCCGCGGCCUAA